AUGGGAGAUAAACUUUCGAAUGAUAUACCUCAAUCAAAUGUAACUCCUGAAAGUUAUCUUAGCGACGUUCAAAAUUCAGUAAAUCAGUUAACCUGUUUUAGAGAAAUUACAGAACCAGAAAUAUUAGGUUUACUUCAGGGAUUGGUUGCCUCUAAAGCAUCCGGCAUCGAUGGAAUUUCAGCAAAAAUUUUGAUAAUCGCAGCUCCAGCAAUUACUCCAUCAAUUGUAUCAAUUUUUAAUCAAUCAAUCGCAACUGGUAUAUUCCCAUCUGAUUGGAAAGUCGCUAGG